GCUCUUGCCCUUGCCUGCGCCUCUACGGUGUCAGCGAAUUACGUUAUUUUAGAUGAUUUUUCGGGGCCAACGUUCUUCGAUAACUUCUAUUUCAACGCGACCCUCGAUCCGAAUUACGGUUUUGUGGAAUAUAUUGGUGCCGGCAGCGCUUUGCUCGAUUCGCUUGCCUACUAUGAUGCUGCUACCGAUACGGCGAUAAUACGUGUAGAUGAUACCAACACCUAUACUCCUGGGGUAGAUACUGGACGACCAAGUAUUCGAGCGCAGACCCUCAACACCUAUCAGUAUGGGCUUUUCAUUUUGGACUUGGCGCACAUGCCCGGAGGGGCGUGUGGAUCUUGGCCAUCAUUCUGGACGACAUCAAUGAAUCACUGGCCAGAGCACGGCGAGAUCGACAUCAUUGAGAACGUCAAUUUAGCAUCUUUCAGUGAAGAGACCAUCCACGCCGGACCUACCUUCCCAGGAGAUGUUUGCGAAGUUAUUGGAAACGUCAACACCUCUCCAGGUCAACAGACAGGUACACAAACAACGUACAACUGCAUUUGGAAUGCAACGACGAGUGAUUAUGGUACCAAGACUCAGUACUCGGGUCAGGGAUGUUCUGCGAACAACAACAAUCCGAACAACUUCGGCGACGGCUUCAACCUAGCCCAGGGAGGCGUGUACGCAAUGGAGUGGACCGAUGAGCUUAUCCAGAUCUGGAGUUGGGAAAAUGGCGCGGUUCCUGCUGAUAUUGCGGAUGGCACACCGGAUCCUCUGACUUGGGGCAAACCAAUCUUCACCACUUGGGGUGGCAACUGUGACAUCGCGAGACAUUUCAUCGACCAUACCGUUGUCCUUGAUACUAAUUUCUGUGGAGAUUGGGGAAAUGCGGUCUGGCAAACAAGCAGCUGCUACGACCCUGUGGCAUAUCCAACUUGCUCAGACUACGUCGGUGCGAACCCAGGUGAUUAUUCUGAGACGUACUGGGCUGUGAGAAGUUUGAAGGUCUAUCAAUGGUCAAACGCC